AUGUCAGUGGGAGAUCCUCAAAGUAUAAAGGAGAUCCUCAAAGUAUUCCUUCCACCGUCCAACAACAUCCCCAGUCGAGGUCAACAUCUCCCCACUUCCACUAUAAACAGUGUCGAUGUGGAGCUGCUUUCUCCUCAUGAGUUUGUGUUCCUCACCUAUAUUCUGGGCUUGGGAUGGCUAGGCAUCUUUGGAUUUUCUGCCGUGCCUGUUUUCCUCUUUUAUAACAUGUGGACCACGUGUGGUGCCAUGAAAUCCCCAAUUGCCAAUCUCACCUCUGUGGACAACAUCUGUGUUGAUGUGCGGCAGUAUGGAAUCAUCCCAUGGAAUGCGAACCCUGGUAAAGCCUGUGGGUCCACACUAAGCGACAUCUGCAAUACUAGUGAGUUCUAUUUGUCCUACCAUCUUUAUAUUGUUGCCUGUGCCGGAGCUGGUGCCACAGUGAUUGCACUGAUCCACUACCUGAUGAUCCUGGCAGCAAACUGGGCCUAUCUGAAGGGGGCAUGUCAGCAGACUCAUGCCUAUCAGGACAUAAAGACCAGGGAUGAUCAAGAACUGCAGGAUGUGCAGUCACGCUCUAAGGAGGGUCUAAACUCAUACUCAUAAAUAGUUUCCCCAACUGUUCUAUCUCACCUCAGUCUAAAUCUCUUUCCCAUCUCUAAAGUCUAACUCCUCUCUGUUUUAUUCUCAACCUUUUGCUUUCUAGAACACACCAAACACACAUAAACACAAAUUCUGCAAUUACCUGCCAUCCUCUGAUGAAACACUGCUAACACUACUAAGUGGUGCACUAUCCUGACAAUACAUCAUAACA